AUGAGUUUGUUUGUCAUUAGCUCUAAGGAGAUUCAAGAUCUGAAAGAGGCCGAAAUCGUUGAAUUUGAGCCUAAGGAUGACAUUCAGGAAGAAUUAGAUUUCCUACGCCAGGAUUUUCGAAGUCGCCGCGAAAAACUCAGAUCCGGAAUUCUUGGCAACGUCUUCCUCCUGCUAACAGAUAAAGCUCGGUUAUCAUGCGGCACCGAAGGCGCAGAGAUGUUCUAUAGUUACGACGGCCGGCUGAAAAUCAAUCUAACCCAGGUCUUCUAG